AUGAGUUCAUCUGUUGGAUUUACAGCGCAGAAAACACAUUUGCAAGUGUGUGUAAACAGCGAAACUGGGAACCCACCACCUGAACUCGAUGGACGACCCGGUGGAUCGGUGUCCCGUUAUACGGUUUUACAGCGGCUUGCAGUGCCGUCUCGUGUUACUGGAGCUCUAAAAGCAGAACCUGACUGUAAUAAAGCGGUCAUGUGUUCAGUGUUUUCUCUUCAGGACUGGUGUCGAGGUGUUUGUGAAGGUUACAGUGAUGUGCAGAUCACAGACAUGAGCUCCUCUUUCACUGAUGGACUGGCCUUCUGUGCGAUCAUCCACAAACACAGACCGGACCUACUAGAUUUCCACUCUCUGUCCAAACACAAGGCCAGUGAGAACAUGCGUCUGGCGUUCAGUGUUGCGGAGCGUGAGCUGGGUGUUCCUGCUCUUCUGGAUCCGGAUGAGCUGCUGUGUGAGGAGCCGGAUCUGCUGUCCAUCAUCACGUACGUCUCUCAGCUCUACUGUGUGUUCAGUGGAAGAUCUGAUGACACUCAGAAGAAUCACCUGGAGGAUCAACCUCACAGAACCAGAGCAAACACUUGGUUGUUCUCUUCAGAUGUGAUCAGGUCUUCAGACAGAAGUGUGUGUAGAGUUUGUCACUCACACGUUCAUCUCAUUCAGAGGGUUUUGGUGAAGGGGCGCCUGUAUCACCGCUCCUGCUUCAGAUGCAGUGUCUGCCGUCGCUCUCUGCUGCCGAUGUCUUUCACAGAACACAGUGAGACGGGUUCACUAAGGUGUAGUUACCAGUGUAAACCUGCUCGUGAACACACAGAUCAACACUCACACACACACACCUGUGAGAUGGAGAGAGAAAGAGGAGAGGCGGAUGGAGAGAUUGUGGAAAAGAUGAGUGAAGUGUGUCUCUCAGAUUCACCCGGAACUGACCAACAAGCUGUUUUACUCCACGAUCGACAAUCACAACAUCAGACAGACAGAAACGGUGGAGAGACAGACAGAAGCGGUGGAGAGACAGACAGAAACGGUGGAGAGACAGACAGAAGCGGUGGAGAGACAGAAGGAGACAGAGGAGAGACAGACAGAAACAGUGGAGAGACAGACAGAAACCAAGAGGAGACAGACAGAAUUGGUGGAGAGACAGACAGAAACAGAGAGGAGACAGACAGAAUUGGUGGAGAGACAGACAGAAACAGAGAGGAGACAGACAGAAUCGGUGGAGAGACCGAAGGAGACAGAGGAGAGACAGACAGAAACCAAGAGGAGACAGACAGAAUUGGUGGAGAGACAGACAGAAACAGAGAGGAGACAGACAGAAUUGGUGGAGAGACAAACAGAAACAGAGAGGAGACAGACAGAAUCGGUGGAGAGACCGAAGGAGACAGAGGAGAGACAGACAGAAACAGAGAGGAGACAGAUGAAGAUGUGAAUGAUGGCAGUCUCUCCUCCUCCUCAUCAGAGUCUGAUGUACAAACACCUCCCAGACCUGCUCCUAGAAAAAGGGUGGAGCCUCAGGAACGUCUCUGCCUUGCCCCCAGAUCACAUGACCACUGCCCUGAAAACGUUCCACCUCCGAGAGCCGUGCCGAAAGAUCAUCCCUGGUUAAAGCUGGUUAAUCCGGGACCCUGGUAUCGUCUUCCUCCAGUUCCAGUUUAUUCCCGCCACCGACCCACGACCUUUAACCCCUUCCAGGAGGAGGAAAAGGAGGAUAAACAGCGAAACUCUGUCAGUGGUGAAACCUCAGUCUCACACAAACCCCAAACCUCAUCUUCAGCUCCCAGCAUGCAUCAGGCUGCUGCCGCUUACGGUUUCCCGCUCAUCAAGAGGAAGAUUAAUUUAGACACCCGUGUAUCAGAGCAGCAGGUGUGUGUGGAGCAGCAGAAGCUGGAGGAGCGUCUGCAGGAUCUGGAGAGGAGAGGAGUUCAGCUGGAGAGAGACAUGAGGACACGCUCAGACCAGAGUCUUCUAGUGGACUGGUUCUUUCUGGUUCAUCAGAAGAGCAUGUUGGUGCGCAGAGACGCUGAGCUGAUGUACAUGUUGAAGCAGCAGCGUCUGGAGGAUGAUCAGGCUGAUGUGGAGCUGGAGAUCAGACGCCUCUUCAACAAACCAGAGCUAGAGUGGAGUGAAGAGGACAGAGGUCAGGAGCAGCAGCUGAUGUCACGCCUGCUGUCAAUCAUCCAGCAGAGGAGUGACAUCAUCAGCAGCCUGGAGCUGGACAGGCAGAGGGAGCAGGAGGAGGACGAGAUGCUGAGUUCUGUCAUCCAGAGGAGCGAGCUGCUGAUAGACACACACAGACAACUGCAUAAGAGCAGGCGGAGGUUUAAACAGCUGCAGAUCUUCCAGACGUCCAGCAGAAAGAAGAGCAGCAGAUGAUGAAGGACAGACACAGAUGAAGGACAGCAGCAGAGGAAACGGUGGUUCACAUGAGGCUCAAAAUAUCACUGACAUCUCACUGUUAUUAUCUGUGGAUGAAGAUUAAAGCAGAGACACAACACGUCUUCAUUGCUGGGCUUUCUCAUUCUACUAAUCAGCUCCAUCACUGUUUAUAAAUGUGUGUAGAACUUCUGCACUGUGAUGAUCACACUAGACACGCUUGUCCUCCCUCCUCCAUCCUCUCCAGCCUGCACUCACACUGUAUUUCUCCAGAGCUGGAGCACUCUUCCGUCAUCAAUGAUGCUCUGUUCAGUUUAACAGUAGAGAAGCGCUCUCGCUCAGCACAGUGUACCUCGCUUUACUAUUGUUGUUUUGGAUUAUUUUAGUAAUUUGGGAUGCAGUGACACACAGUCAGAUCUUCUGCCGAGCAGAUCAGCAACUUUUGACGCUCAUAAACAAUCAUAAAGUCCUGGUGCUGCAGGAAUUGGCAGGUUUGCUGUGGUGCAGUGAGGGGUUUGCGUCUUUAUAUGACAGUUUGAGUUCAUUGAACAGUAAGAAUGAUGAAUAAAUCCAUAUCAAACAGUCCCUUAAAGGUAACGUCUGGUCUUUAGUUUCAGGCUCUGCGCUCACGCUGCAUGCGUACCGCACUAAAGCCUAAGUGAACCGCUCUCUGGCACACCUCUUCCAACCCAACACAAUCUCACGGCAAUUCGGAACUUUUUCAUUUAGUGGCUGAUUCGUAUGAAUUCGUACGAUUUAGUACGAUUUGCUCAUCCCCCAAUGACGGUUGGGUUUAGGGGUGGGGUUAGGUGCCACGCCUCCUUUUUAAAAUCGUACAAUUUCGUACGACUGAACUCGAAUUAGCCACUAAACUGACAAAACGUAAAAUACUUAUGUUUUCUCGUGAGAUCAGGCUGUCCAACCAGGCCAGGGCCGGCCAACUGAACCACGCCUGAGCCCAAUUCAGAUCACUCACUCCUGUCAAAGCCAGUGGGAAAUGCGCCCAGGCAUGGUUCAGAUAGCCUAGUGUGAGUGCACCCUUAGUUCACCUAAAACUGAAAACUCUGUCAUCAUUUACUCUUCCUUUACUGUUUGUUGUGCUUCACUAACCUGUUAGAGUUUCUUUUUUAUGUUGAAUACAAGAGAAGAUACUUUGAGAAAUGCUGGAUACCUGUAACCAUUAACUCCUAUAGCAUGUGUUUUUCCUACUCUAGAAGUCAAACUGAUUUCCAGCUUUCUUCAAAUUAUCUUCUUUUGUGAUCAACAGAAGGUUUGAAACACUGAAUACAUGUUCAUGUUGGUGUGAACUGUGCCUUUAAUGCGAAUGUUUCCAUCUCUAUGCAGACCAAUCCCUCUCUCAGGUUCAGUCCUGUUCUACACUGUAUAGAAAUACUAUCUCUUUAGUUUAAUAUUAGUGGUUAUCCCUAUGAACUCCUUAACUUUGCCUCCUUUGGUGUUUGAUGAUCACUUGAGGCUGAUGAUAGCUUAAUGUACAUGUAACCCCGCCAGUCCUACGCCACCCAACCCGCUCCGAGCUAAGAUCGAACCGGCGACCUUCCGCAUGGGAGUCGGUUGCUCUACCAAGGAGGCUAAAGACCAUGGCCUCUAGCAUCUGUCACUAGAGCACCUUUAGACAUCAGAGGAGUGAGGUUUACCUGCACAGCACUUACUAGCUGGCCUCACACACAUCAUGAUUGGAGUAUGCUGUUGUGUUUUGCAGUGUGUGGAGCAGCACCUGAGCUUUUCACUCAUCACAGUUCACAUGCUGCUGCUGCUGCUGAUGUGACAAUAAAAGGGAUUUGAUUUGAUUUUGCCAAGUACGAUGUGAUCCUGGAUUAACAUCUGUGUUGGUCCUGCACGUCAUUUUUGUUGGAAAAUGUAAUCCAUACCUAUUCCCUACCUUUAAACACAACCAGAACUGUAAACUAUUCCCAAUCAGAGGAGAAUAAUCGCUGGAUAACAAUCAAAGGAGUGCAUAUACCUAACCGUAAGCCUAAACUUCACAUAAAUGGUAAAUGUAUCCCUUAAUUCUGACUGGCUGAUUGGAAUGUUGUUCCAGGAUCAACAUAGAUGUUCUUCCAGGAACAUUCAAUUCAAUUCACCUUUAUUUGUA